AAUCAAAUUAAAUUUUACAAAUAAAAACAAUUUGUUUGGGUCAAUAUAACGAGGCUAUUCAGUUUUUUCUUUUAUCGAGUUAAAUCGAUUUUUAGAGAGCCAAAAAAAAGAUGAUUUCGAAUUUGACGAAAUUUCUGCAUAAAAAUCCAGACAUAAUAAAUGACGAUAAAAUUGUCAAUAGUCAUGAUAAACAAUCUCGAAUCGAAAGAAUUUGUAGAAAAUUGGGUAUUAAUACAAUGCUUAAAGUUACCUACAAACGAAUAAUGGAUCACAUAAGAAAUGAACCAAAGAACGAUGAAAAGGCGCGAUGUUUCUUAAGAAAAGCUCUUUUGCUUAAUAAUAAUUCAGAUGAUAAUUUAGCUAUUGUGAUGGAUAAAUUGAAUCAUGCAAUCCUUGAAAGUGGAUAUGGUGGGCCGACAUUUGUUCAUGCAUAUUGUCAGCGAUCAAAAUGCAAUAUUGAACUCGGCAACUUCGAAGCAGCUUUAUUGGACAUCAACAUUGCCAUCAAAUAUGGUGGUCCAAAUGACGAACGCUCCUUUACACGAUCAUUAGCUAUUUUUUAUAGGAAUUUAAAACAUUUCUUUCCUUCGUGUUCCACCAAACUGAAUUCGAAAGAUAUCAAAACUUGUAUAGAAAACAAUGACCCAUCUCCAUGGAAAAGUUUAUGGGAUUAUCUCACUAACGAUAAAUUGAUUUCGGAAGACAAAGAUGAUCAAUCACAGUUGAGCGGUUUGGAAGAAUUAUUCGAAUUUCAGUGCAAUUUCAAAAUCGACCCACGUUGUGCUAUUGUCAAUAACAAGAAAAAAGGAAGACAUUUCAUUUGUCAAAAUUCAAUUCCAAAUGGGACGCAAGUUCUAGUCGAACGUACUUAUAGUAUCUCAUUCGAUAAUCAAUUUCAACUUCGACUUUGUCUUCAUUGUUGCAAAGAAUGUGAAGAUCAUUUUGUGCCGUGCCGUUAUUGUAGAAUGGCCGUAUUUUGUAGUGAAGAAUGCUUCCAUCGAAGUUGGUCAUCGUUUCAUCGUCAUGAAUGUUUAAUUCUUUCUGUUUUCGAUCGCGAUAAAUUAAACUUGUCCAUUCAUCUGUAUCGAAUGAUAACAAAAAUUGGUGUAAAAAAUGCACUUAUUACAAAACGACAUAUAGAUAAAAUGAAAAAUAAUAAUUCAAACUUGUCCAAAAGAGUUGAAAAAUACUGGAACAAAAGUAUUGAAGAAAUAAUCAACGAAUUUAUUGUCGAACGAUAUAUGAAUGAUGAAAAAUUACGAAAUACACCGGAUUUUCGUAUGAAACCAAGCCAAAAAAAUAGAACUUAUCAAAUGAUGCUCACCUUGUUGGAUCAUAAUGAAAAAUUUGAAUCAUAUUAUGAUAUGAAUUACAUUGGAUUAGCAAUCGAUACAGCUUUGAUACUACUCAUCAAUAAUUACCUGAUCAGGAAGCAAUCAAGUAAACAACAAUUUUCUCUACCUCAUUGGGCUCAUUUACCAAAGAUUUUAUUGAAACAGAUAAUCAAAAAGAAUGAAAAUAAACAAUCUAUCCACGAAUUGAACAUUUUCAAUCAUUCUUAUGAGGAUUUUGCACGUUUAGUCGAAAUUCUUCUUCUUAAUGUCAGGAAAUUGACGACAAACAUGUUCUCUUGGAAUAGUUUGAACUCAUCAGGCGAUCCGCAAAAUGUGGCAACUUGUCAGUGUUUAGUUGGUUCUUUGAUUAAUCAUAGUUGUAAACCGAAUGUUGACUGGGAAUUCGUAAAUGGCUGCAUCGUGUAUACAGCCUCAAGAGAUAUUGAACCCGGUGAAGAAAUCACAAAUUCGUAUGGACCGCAUUCAGAAAUCCCAUUCAUCAAACGUCAAAUAAUAUUAUCACAAAACUAUUAUUUUAAUUGUCGUUGUGAAAUAUGUCGUAUUGAAGUUGAAUACUAUCCGAAUGUUUUGAAAUGCCAAAAAUGUUCUGGUCCUGUAUUGGUCAUACCUGAUUCGUCAAUCAAUUCUGAAUGCAUGAAUUGUUGGCAAUCUUAUAAAAAUGCUUUUGAAAAAAUGGAAUAUGUUGAGGCAAGUUUUCGGAAAUUUUUUGCCAUACAAAUGCUUAUUCAAAAUGAAUGCCGUGGUGCUUAUGAUGGACAAAACGUGUGGUUUGAAAAAAUGCUACAAUGCUUGAAAGAUCAACAAUAUUACCUAUAUGGAAAAAAUCAAAUGUUAAUAAAAAAUCUAAGAAUUGCCUGUCGUUUGUAUUUAAAUCGUGGCGAACUUGAUACUGCAUGUGAUUUAGCAUUUCAAUUGAACGAAAUCGAUGACGAUUGUUUCUCGAUAUCUAUUAAUGAUAAAAACAUGAAUGAUUCCAAUUGGAUAAAAGCUCUCAAAAACCGACACCUUUAUCAUGAUAUUGGAAAAAUGUAUCUGCAACAACAACAAGAAGCAAACAAUGAGUUGAAAAAAGAUGAAAAAAAUGAUGAACAAGAUGUGAACAAUCAACGUUUGUUUUUUGCCAAAAAAAUGGUCGACACUUAUCAUGGGGAUAAUCUGUUUCUUGCCCAAAAAUUAUUCAACUCGUUGAUAAGCGAUGAUGAAUACAAAUUUUCGGAAAUUACUCUUUGAUUUAAUUUUCCUUUUUUAUCGCACACAUUCUUUAUUCAAAAUUCAUUUCGAUUUUAUCACAUAACUUCAAU